ACGUGUAAUGACAGGUCAAUCCAGUGAUUGUACUGAAGAGCACCGACACAUGCAUAUUGAUUACUACGGCGAAUGUCAACAACUGCCUGAAUGCAGAAAAGAAGUACUCGAAGAUUUCCCGCGAAGAAUGAGGGAAUGGUUGGACCACAUCAUAAGCAAAAAAAUUCACACCAAUAAAGAUGAAGAUUCCGAUCACUUGACUCGCAAAUGGAUCGAUGCUAUCAUUUGGAAGUUCUGUGACCUCGACAAACAACCACACGAUAGACACGUUUCACGCCAUGAGUUAUUCCCACUUCGGGCUCCACUUCUGUCGAUGGAGAGCUGUAUUUCAGACUUUCUGAAUAACUGCGAUGAGAACGAUGACCACAAGAUUACUUUAGUCGAGUGGGGAAAGUGUUUGGGAGCCUCUGAUGCCGAAAUGGAAGAUAAAUGCAAUCAAUUCAAAGCAACACAAGAAGCAAAUUAACGAUUUGGUUGUUUAUCCUUACAAUUCAUAAUUCUAUACAAUUUGAUGUCUAAUACUCUUUCAUACUUUGAAUGAACUUUUUGCC